ACUGUAAUAACUGAUAGUGGUGCAACGUCAUCAUACAGCGACAAUAUUUUCUCUCUUUUCAUAGGCUAAUGUUGAAAACACAGCUUAAUAUGUGUUUUUUACGCUACGAUAUUCUUUAGGAAAUAGUGACAAUUUAUUUUACAUUUAAGUUUUAUGUUCGAGUUCAAGUUUUCUUUAUCUACACAAUAAAAGACCCCGGAAGUCCUGUCACGGUUUGUAAACACAUGGCUUGUAGUCGCGUCUGAUGCUCAGUUAUGCCCAAACUGUUUGAUAUAAAGUUUCCAGGAGACUGUCAGACUCUUCCUGAGGGUUUCUGGUCGGCUGUAGACGUGUGGAUAAAGAAACCUCACGUUGUCAACAAGCGUCUCUGCGGGGUGAAGGAGACUGAGAGCAAAGAUGUGGACAGAGAGGCUGUGCAGCUCCUGCUGGGUGAUGAUGCUGAAGUCACCCAGGAUGUGUUGUCCUUCAUGACAAGCAGGGUGUCACCGGCACAGACACACCAACAGGACAACCUGUGGUCCUCUAGUGUCAGGACAUUUAUUCCUAAAGUAAACAGUUAUGGGACAAACCUGCAGAAAGAGGUGAUACUCAAAGACUUUGGCAGACAGCAGGUGACCUUUGUUCCAUUUGAAGAGGACGCAGGAGGACAGGUGUCCCUAAAGAGGGGCAACAUUUAUCAGCUGCAGCUCCUCCAUCAGGACUGUGAGGGAUGGGCCUUGGAGCUGCACGUGUUGGCCUCAGAUGCGUGGUUCUCUGAUGGCGUUGCGUACCCAAAGCUGCCCUGGCUGUCCAGUGACCUGCUGCCUAAACUGGUGCGCUGGGCCACUGAGUGCAAGAGCAGUGAGUUCAGGAGCACCUUGUCCCUGCUGCCGGUGGAGAAGUACAGUGUCAUGUACCAGCAGCUGAAGGAGAAGUACAAAGCCAUGGUCAAGGUUUGGCCUGAGGUUACAGAUCCUGAGAAGUUUGUCUACGAGGAUGUUGCCAUUGCUACGUAUCUGCUUGUGCUGUGGGCCGAGGAGAGAGCAGAGAAAGGUCUGAGUGCCAGACAGUCCUUUGUGGACCUGGGCUGUGGAAACGGCCUCCUGGUUCACAUACUGGCCAAUGAAGGGCAUCCUGGAAAGGGCAUCGAUGUUCGGAAGAGGAAGAUCUGGAACAUGUACGGCCCCCAGACUGUGCUAGAGGAAAAGGCAAUUACUCCCAGCGAGAGCUUCUUAUUCCCGGGUACGGACUGGCUGAUUGGGAACCACUCGGACGAGCUCACACCGUGGAUCCCCGUUAUAGCUGCCAGGUCAUCGUACUCCUGCCGGUAUUUUGUCCUCCCCUGCUGUUUCUUUGACUUCUAUGCAAAGUAUCAGAGACGCCAGUGUAAGAAGUCUCAGUAUAAAGAAUACAUCGACUUCAUCACGGAGGUCAGCCAAGUCAGCGGCUUCAACACUGAGGAGGACUGCCUGAGGAUACCGUCCACCAAACGGGUGUGUCUGGUGGGAAAAUCAAGAAACUACCAGCUAUCUGACGAGGCUGAGGCAGAGCAGCGAAGAGCUCAUUACAUCCAGAGCCGCCAGACUGCCCCUGGGGCCACAGUUCAAAGGUCGAACAUCAGAAAUGAUGAUGAUUGUUGCCAUGGGAACAAAGACACUGACAGGAACCCCGAUGGCAGCUGGGGAGCAGGGUUCCAACCCAGAGACAGGGUUGAAACGGUUCGAAACUGCGCCGCUCUCCCCCGGGACUUUGUUGACGGCGUUGUUCUGCGGGUCGCCAAUGUUCUUCUAGGAUUGACUGGUGAUGACGGGACCUCCAGUGACUGGAAUCGAGGAGGCAGCCUCUCUGUGAGCGAGGUUGCCGGGUUGCUGGAGCAGGAAACCCUGCAGCUCCUGAAGAAGGAGUGUGGAGGCCUUCAGACACUGCUCAAGAACAACCACCAAGUCUUCAGAGUGGAAGGAGGCAGGGUGUACAUACGAGACUGGCGGGACAGGAAGUCCUCCAGGGCGGAUACCCAGAGGAAGCCAGUUGCCCCCGGUGCCCUGAAAACCCGCCCCUGCUGGUUCUAUGACCACCACCCUCAGCGCUGCCCCCUGCAGGCUGAACACUGUGGCUUCGCCCAUGGACCUGACGACCUCCGACCCUCGACCAGGCCUCUGAAGAAGAUGAAAAACAGUGCCUUUUGAUUGGCUCAUCCCUCCUGAACACUCAUUUAUUUAGUAGAUUUUUAAAUUGAGGAACUACUUUUCUAAUUAACAGCAUUCACUCUGUCUGUUGAACCUCCUGGAAAAGUCUCGACAUCCAGACCUGCAGCCACAGACAGGAAGAAGCUCAGGCCAAAGCUGUGUGAGUUUUAUUAAUGCCAUGUUUCAUCAUUUCUGGGAAAUGAGGUUUUGAAAUUUAACAGUGUCCUCUGUCUUCUGUGUGAGGCUGCCAGAGUGUGAUGCUUCCUGGUGCAGCUUUGGGUUUCACAGUUGGAGUCCACCUACUCCUCUGGGUUCGUCUGCUAUAAUUUAACUUCAAGGGACUCUUUGUGUCUUUUCAUUUGUUUAAGAGGUGGACUUUUGUUAAGCUCAGAGAAUUGUACACUUAACGUGUAUUAAAGAGGAUGUCAAGCUCCAUCUGAUUAUUUAUUUAAAGAUGAUCAAAUCUAUCGUGGAUUUCGUUUUUGUCGAGCACUUAACUUUUCCCUUCACUGCAGCAAAACUUUAAAAGCUUCCAUAUACUUCACUUAGACACGAGAUUCACCUCAGACGGGUACUUUGAGGUUCACAGGCAGGGCGGUGGAUAAAGACCAGGCAGCGUUUGAACAAAGUAAAUGUUAGCAGUAUGAAUUAUUUGUUGGCAGGAGUUGAGGGGUGAGCUGCAUGUCGUCCCCUCUGGACGGGGGCUCACUGCUGUGUCUCUCUAACACAGUGUGCCAUCACUCUGUGGCUCAAAUGUCAAAAACAGUAAGGCCCACUCAGGGACUGCAGCGGGGUGAUGGGAAGCAUCUCCUCAGGGUUUGUUUGUUUUUGUGAGCAACAGCAAUCAGACCAUUGAUGCAAUAGAGCAGACUGUUUAAAUCUAUUGGAUUUUGCAGUCCCAUACAGAUGGAAAAUGUGAAGUGACAAAGACGACUGAAUAAUGUUAGCGUCUUUUUUUAUUAUCGCGGACCUGUCUCACAGGUAGUUUAACAGGGUGCUGUGUGCACUUUUCUGACAUUAAAUUAUGGGAUGUUUUGACUUAUUAUCUUAUACUAAGUAUCUCAUAAUUUGACUAAAAGGAACACUCAACUGAUUUUCAACCAGCUUUAUGUCACAACAGUGUGGUUAGUGUGUGUAAAUGAAUAUGGUAAACUUCCCUCCAUCUUACCAGCACUCAGAUCCAUGCUUAUCUCUUAGCUCAAGUCUAACGGAUGACGCGGUUUAUCUGGCAAAGAUUCUGGCAUUGCUUACGCCUCACCUAAAAUGUUUUAGAAACAUGUUUUGGCAUACUGUUUAACCCUUUAAAACUUGUGAAAAUUGUCUUGAAUUCUGUGAAAAACAUGGAAAGUAGUCAACGUGCAAC